CAGAGAGGACCGAGCUACAUGGAUUGAGGCACUGCUCGGUGCUAAAGAUCUUUUUCCCUAGAGUGUUUAUGAGCAAUGAUUUGGUACCUUCGGAAGAUAUAGUUGUUUCGACAGAGAAGCUAAGACUAAGAUUAGCACAAGAGGGAAUUGGUGAGCCGGUGAUCAAAGACUGCGAGUCAAUUAUGCUCUUAGAAGUGUUAGAGCUUCAAAAUCAGAUGAAGGGUCUUCAGCGUAAACAUGUGAUGUUGUUGGAGUCAUUGAGGCAAUUAGAGACAGAAAAAAUAGAGCUGGAAACUACAGUAAUGGAUGAAACAAAGGAGCGUGAGUCAUACGGACAGGGGAAUGGGAGAUUUAGUGAUGCUCUAAGAAGUGCUUCCUGUUGUAUAUUUGAAAGAGAUUCUUUCUUUUCUGGUAGAUUGCAUGGAGUUGAGGAGAUCAAGACAAUUAAAUAA